AUGGCAAAGAGGUGGAUUGAAGAUGCAGAGGCAUACCUCCUCAGGCGAGUUGCCCAGCCUCGGCUAUCUGAUAUUGAAGCAUGGCUUCUCGUCACGCUGGACCACUACCUCUCGCAGCGCGUCAGCAAGAUGCUUGUCUCAAUGGCUUUGACAUCGAGGCUCGCCUAUAUCCUUCGACUGAACCACGAAGAUCCGCGUCAGAAGUUCCUAGUGCAGGAGCGUCGACGACGACUGAUGUGGGCUAUCUAUAUCAUGGACUCGUUGUAUUCGAGUGGCAAGACGGAGUUCACUGCCUGUACGCCAGAGACCCUUCACAUCCGGCUGCCAUGUGCGGAGAAGUCGUUUUCUAUGGACGCUCCAGUGAUAACGGUGCCGCUGCACUCGAGUGCACAUGAGGAUACGUCUAAUAUUGGCCUUCUUGGCUACUGCAUUCGCGUUUUGGACAUUCGCAAUCGCGUGCAAAGGAUCAUAUCAAGGCUUGGACAGUACCCCAUGGGCGACAUGCCACAGACGGAGCUUGUCGCUCGAUUGACUGCUUGUGCUGAAGCUUUGGAAAAACAGGCAGUGAUCCUCCCCACAACUGCGAUCUUGAAGAAGGGCAUUUGCGAUCUGGUAAAUGAUGCACAGCGAGAUCGUCAUGGACCUUACGCCUGUCCUUCAAUCUGGGAAGAGGAAGAGUCGGAGAGCUACAACGCAACUGGAGCCUCGAGAGAUAUCAGUGGCUCUGGGGCCAGAGAAGUGUUUUCGAAGCACAGCGUCACUGAGACGGUUCAAAACCUUCAGUUUCAGCCCGGCGAGCAAGAAGAUGCUGACCCCGGAAGCUCCGCACAGCCAGCUGCCGAUAUGGCCUUUGGGAACGAACCAGGAUCUGCACCAGCGGCGAACUUCAUGUCUAUGAACGUCUCGCCAAGACCCGAACAAGGCACUCAGCAUCAAACGGAGUUUGGCCUAUACCUAGGGGAGGCUGAGCCUCAAUUGGACUGUAUCUUUAAUUUCGGACUCCACGGCCAGUACGGCUCUGGACAGCCUGAUGUGUUCAUGGAUUCAUUCUGGCCUCUUGCAGAUACGGAUUGGACCAUGCCAGAUGUCGGCAGUAUGUAA